GCUGUCCUGGAGAUUGCAUUGUGCUGCAGCUGGUGCACCGACGCUGGCCGGCAGCGGCGCGGGGCCCAGAGUAGGUGGGCGCCGAGGGCCCAGCGCACCAGGGAAGCCGAGGUCGUGGGGCCGGCGCUUUCUUCCGUCUCCCGCCGCACUCCUGGGGCUGGCGGCGUUCCCUGGGCGGAAGAGCAGUUUCAGCCACGUGUCCUGAGCGACGCCAGACUUUUCCUUGUCACAAAUUGAUGGAUUUUCCAUCUCUCAACUAACAGUAUUGGAGCUGUAAAAUCAUCAGGUACCACUUAGUUGACACACCUGCAGGAGAUGGAGAGUGAAGGACAAGCCCCAAGUUUCUGACUUGAGUGUGUAGGGCUGGACGGUGAUGGCAUAACCAGGAUCUGGAAUGCAAGGGAGAUGAGACAGAUUUGAAAGAAAUCUGUAUUCGUGAAGAGUGACUGCAUGCAAACCACAACAUGUCAAGAAAGAAAAAAAGAUCCAAUAGAAAUGCUUCAUUCUGGGCAGCUGGUAAAAGUCUGCGCCCCGAUGGUGCGAUAUUCAAAGGAUUAAAGCCCCAGCUCCCUACCUGGCCUUCUCUAACACCACCGUGGAGGGGUGUUGGAGAACUUCGUGACAGCUUUGCAACGGUACAAGUGUAAGCUCCCCACUCGACCUUCGCUUGUGGAGGUUGGCUUUUAGAACACUGGUAAGAAAAUACAGUUGUGAUCUGUGCUAUACGCCUAUGAUAGUUGCUGCUGAUUUUAUCAGAUCUAUAAAAGCCAGAGACAGUGAAUUUACCACAAACCAAGGUGAUUGUCCAUUGAUUGUUCAGUUUGCUGCUAAUGAUGCAAGAAUUUUAUCUGAUGCUGCUCGUAUAGUCUGUCCUUAUGCGAAUGGAAUAGACAUUAACUGUGGUUGUCCUCAGAGGUGGGCAUUGGCAGAAGGUUAUGGAGCUUGCUUAAUAAACAACCCAGAGCUUGUUCGAGACAUGGUGAAACAAGUAAGAAAUCAAGUGGAAAAUCCCAGAUUUUCAGUAUCUAUUAAAAUAAGGAUCCAUGAUGACCUUACAAGAACUGUAGAUCUUUGUCGAAAGGCUGAAGCAACAGGGGUUUCUUGGAUUACAGUCCAUGGAAGAACUGUUGAAGAAAGACAUCAGCCAGUUCACUAUGAGGCCAUUAAAAUAAUUAAGCAAAAUAUGUCUAUACCUGUAAUUGCUAAUGGAGACAUCAGAAGCUUAAAAGAAGCAGAAAAUGUGUGGCAUAUUACUGGGACAGAUGGUGUGAUGGUUGCAAGAGGACUCUUAGCCAACCCGGCCAUAUUUGCUGGAUAUGAGGAAACCCCGCUGAAAUGCAUCUGGGACUGGGUUGACAUUGCUCUUGAACUUGGAACUCCUUAUAUGUGUUUCCAUCAACAUUUAAUGUACAUGAUGGAAAAGAUAACUUCGAGGCAGGAAAAAAGAAUAUUUAAUGCUUUGUCAAGCACAUCAGCAGUCUUAGAUUACCUUACAGACCAUUAUGGGAUUGACUGGACUUCCUAAGUUAUUUUCUAUCUUUAGUGAAACCACCCAGGGUCACAUCUUGGUUUUCACUUUGAAUCAGUGGCUCUCAAACAUUAGUAUAAAAACAAUGCCCUGACAGAAUUUUUAAAAGUCAUUCCUAGACCAUAUCCUCAGAGAUUCUGAUUCAGUAAAUCUCUAGGGUGGACCCAAAAUUUAGUUUUAAAGAAGACCCCAGGUGGUUCAAACAUUGACAAACAUUGCUCUGAAUCCUAUUAUGGAUUUAAAACCGUAAGAAUUUUUUUCUUAAAGGAAUCAUGUUUUUAACAUUUUUAAAUAAAUAAAACUUUUUAUUUUGAUACUAAAAGUAUGACUCAUGGUAUCUGUAAGUUAACAUUAGGUAUGUUUUAAAUGAAAAUAAGAGCAGAAAAGUGAACAAAUUCCAACAUCUGUAUAAAGUGAAAAGGAACAAGAAAUUCUGUAUAGAAUGC